AUGUUAUAUAUGUACAUAAAUAAAAUAAUCAGCGACUAUUUGUGUACGCCACGAGUGCAGCCAUCAAGUCCCGAAGAUCAUUACCGCGCUGUGUGUCGAGCUUUAGCAACUGAGAGCAGUGAACUUCGAGUGUUUCUUACGAAAGUUUUUACCAACGAUGCUGAAUCCCUGAGAAUAAAAGCAGAUGCACAAUCAUCGAGACAAGAAUUGGCAAAGCUAGCAUUUAGUGAUUGGGCUAGAUUUUGGAUGCAAGUUGUCGAUGAGCUACGGCGUGGCGUUCGACUGAAGAAAAUUAACUUCAAUCAUCAUUCGCCUACUGAAUAUGAGUUGACACCGUACGAAAUCUUAAUGGAAGACAUUAGAUCGAGGAAAUACAACUUACGUAAAGUGAUGGUGAACGGAGAUAUCCCACCAAAAGUGAAAAAAGACGCACAUGCUGUCAUUCUCGAGUUUAUCAGAUCGCGACCGCCACUACGAAAAGCGACUGAUAGGAAAUUGGCACCGUUGAAACGUAAUCCAUCACCUCGUGAACAGUUGCUUGACUCCAUACGCAAAGGCAGAGUUUUAAAACCGGUUGCACAAGGAUUAAAGAAUCGA